UUAAACGCAGUGAGUGUGGCAGUGGGCUCUGCCGUGAGUGUGAGCUCAUUGCUGGACAGGUUCAUGCUGACUGGGACAAACUGGACCGCGACCCCCACUCCUCCCCCUCAGGGCGUGGUGACGUGAACGCGCCUGACAGGAGGAGAAGAUGAAGCAGGACGCGCGCUCCCGCUCCGCAGACUCACAGCAGGAUCCAGCAGAGCUUCAGCGGACACACGCGGAGGAACCAUGAGGGAGAUCGUUCACAUCCAAGCGGGACAGUGCGGGAACCAGAUCGGGACCAAGGUAGGGACCGCGUCACGCGGCUCGGGUUCACAGCUUCCUGUCUGUCGGAGAUUUUCAACAACGCGAAAGUUCAUUUCAAACACCGAGAGUCCGCUUCACACCUGCGGGACGUCAUCAACGAACGUGAACACACCAAUCAGACACCGCGAGUGCUUCACGCACAUUAUCACUACCGUGGGGUUCGAGUUAGUGCGGGAACAGCAGAGGAGACUGAAUCAGACCCUCUCAGUUCUUCAUCAUAAAUAUAAAGUACAGACCUUUGGGACGCUGCCAGGUCCUCAGACUGUGCAGGAGUUCAGUGAGGCCCUGAUCUGCGAGGACGCCCCCCAGGACACCAUCCGUGUUCUCAUUACUCCGUCCUUGCACCGGUUUCUGUCUCCUCACCGUUUACUUCUCUUGCAGGGCUUCCAGCUGACUCACUCUCUGGGAGGGGGCACCGGCUCGGGGAUGGGCACCCUGCUGAUCAGCAAGAUCCGGGAGGAGUACCCCGACCGGAUCAUGAACACCUUCAGCGUCAUGCCCUCACCGAAGGUGUCGGACACAGUGGUGGAGCCUUACAACGCCACCCUGUCGGUCCACCAGCUGGUAGAAAACACCGAUGAGACCUACUGCAUCGACAACGAGGCCCUUUACGACAUCUGCUUCCGCACUCUUAAACUCACCACCCCCACCUACGGCGACCUCAACCACCUGGUGUCAGCCACCAUGAGCGGCGUGACGACCUCGCUCCGUUUCCCCGGGCAGCUCAACGCAGAUCUCCGCAAGCUGGCCGUGAACAUGGUUCCUUUCCCCAGGCUGCACUUCUUCAUGCCGGGGUUUGCUCCUCUGACAGCGCGGGGCAGCCAGCAGUAUCGCGCGCUCACUGUUCCCGAGCUCACCCAGCAGAUGUUUGACGCCAGGAACAUGAUGGCGGCUUGCGAUCCUCGCCACGGACGCUAUCUGACCGUGGCCACCGUCUUCCGGGGACCCAUGUCCAUGAAGGAGGUGGACGAGCAGAUGCUGAAUAUCCAGAACAAGAACAGCAGCUACUUCGUGGAGUGGAUCCCCAACAACGUGAAGGUGGCCGUCUGCGACAUCGCUCCCCGAGGGCUAAAGAUGGCCGCCACCUUCAUCGGCAACAGCACCGCCAUCCAGGAGCUGUUCAAGCGGAUC